CACUCUCUACCUACUCUCCACCCACACCCUCCGCAUUCGCAGCCUCCCAUCUGCACUGUCACGCUGGUUUCCCGCCGUGACGGGUGCUUCGCUCCCGCUCCCUCCAGGGUGGAGACACUUCGAGAACCAUCGUCCUGACUUGGCCCGCUGCUGUCGCUGUUGCUGCUGCUACGGUUUGCUGACCUAUACCACCACCACCACCAACACCAGCCAGUCCUCCCCACCCCGCCAUCGUCUCCAUCCCAUGUCGACGUUGUUCCUCCUAUCAUCACACCGCAAUGACCGCUCCAGCUGCAGGCGACCUAGUCAACGCCAUUGAUCGUACCUCGCCCCUCGUUACCGAUACCCCGCUACCGUUGUCCGAGCUAUGCGCAAGCAUCAAUGACCGGGUGACGACCUUCCUAGAGCUACCGGACCCUUCGCCCAGGAUAAAGGCUGUACAGGAGCAGACACGCAUUGCGCUGGGAGUCAUUUCCGAUGCAUUGGAUCGAUAUAGUCUCAAAGAAGUGUCAUUAGCAUACAAUGGAGGCAAAGACUGCCUCGUUCUCCUCGUCCUCUACCAUUGCGCCCUACACCGAAAAGGUCUCACCACCAAAUCCACAUCCACCGAUACUCAUGAGCCCAUCCAGAGCGUAUACAUCCAGUCGGAGCACCCCUUCGAAGAGGUGGAGGAAUUCGUCGCCCUGAGCGUCAAACAAUACUCGCUGUCCUUACUGAAAUACCCGCCGCCCAUGAAAGCCGCCUUCGCGAACUACCUCCACGACCAACCGCAAGUCAAGGCCAUCUUCGUUGGCACUCGCCGGACCGAUCCCCACGGCGAGCACCUCAAACACUUCGAUCCGACCGACCACGGCUGGCCGACGUUCGUGCGCAUCCAUCCCGUGAUAGACUGGCAUUACGUCGACAUUUGGACCUUCAUACGACACAUCAACAUCCCCUACUGCGUCCUCUACGACCGAGGCUACACCUCCCUCGGCGGCACGACGGACACGCAUCCGAACCCCGCGCUCGCCCGCCAGAUCUCCACCUCGGAAGUCCCGACGCUCGACUCCUCCAACGGCGGCGCGGUCAACGGCUCGCGACCCGUCAAAUUCCGCCCUGCAUACGAGCUCGUUGACGACUACGAGGAGCGCCUGGGGAGAGACAGGUAGACGGCCAGACACGCAGAAGUCCGGUCACGACGCGAUUUACUGUACAUUUAACGACGCAGAUUUAGAGGAUGGAUUUUGGGGGGAGAGGCGAUUUGUAUAUCUUGAGGCAGUACUAGCAGCAGCGGCAGCAUCGAAGGGCGUUUGGAUCAACAUGUGGAUAAUUGCGAACAUUCAUACUCGUUCUUAGCACAUACCAUCAUCGAUAGACCACAUCAUCAUCCUCAUAUUUUUUACCCAGCCCUACAC